AGCUGCUCGACACUUUUUUCUCAGAUCGAUCACAGAUCUCAACAAACCUCUUUCUGUUUUGGAGAGCUGAGCCACUUUGGGCUUGCAGUCUGGCUCAACCGGCGCGUCUGGGAUUUUACCCACAUACCAGAAAUAACAACCAGCACCUCUGCAGGUUUUAAAGAGUACCGAGUAGUGUGAAAGAACUGCGGGACUGCAGGCGAAGGUCCUGGAGAACUCUGAGGUCGUGUUGCUGACACUGAGGCGCACAGAUGGUGUUUCUGUGGGAUGCAAAAUACGAUCCAGCCUCUGGUAGGCGAUACACUCCCCCCUCCACUUCCCUCGCCUCAGGGGGGAAAAUGGCCGAGGCUUUGCCUCUAGGAGCCCAGGAGGCUGGUGGAGGGGCCACCGUGAUGGGCAAGUUCCGCAUAGCGGACCACAGCAUGGCUGAAGUGAUUUCUGAUCAUCCAGGAGAGCUGGUAAAAACUGACAGCCCAAAUUUCCUCUGCUCUGUCCUGCCUACUCACUGGAGGUGUAACAAGACUCUUCCCAUUGCUUUUAAGUUAGUGACCCUGGGUGAUAUUCCUGAUGGUACUUUGGUAACUGUCAUGGCUGGAAACGAUGAGAACUAUUCAGCUGAGCUUCGCAAUGCCACCGCGGUCAUCAAGAAUCAAGUGGCCCGAUUCAAUGACCUGCGAUUUGUCGGCCGCAGUGGGAGAGGAAAAAGUUUCACUCUCACAAUCACAGUGUUCACCAACCCUCCCCAAGUGGCUACAUAUCAAAGAGCUAUCAAAAUCACAGUGGAUGGUCCCAGAGAGCCACGACGUCAUCGUCAGAAGCUGGACGAGGUCAAACCUGGCUCAUUGGCUUUCUCUGAGAGGCUUACAGAGCUGGAACAGCUGAGAAGGAGCUCUAUCAGAGUAACGCCUCCUCAUAAUCAUCAUCAUCAGCAAUCUGCAAACAGCCACCAAUCUGCAGUCCUCACUUCUGCAACAUUUUCUAGCCCUCCACACUCUGGACUAACAGCUGAUUCCAGACAGAUACAGUCUUCUCCAUCCUGGUCCUAUGAUCAGUCUUAUCCCUACCUUGGCCAGAUAACUACUCCCACUGUUCACACAACUGCUCCACUUUCACCUGGUCGCUCUUCUCUUGGUGACCUGUCCUCAAGACUCACAGGUCCUGACCUUACAGCCUUUGGUGACCCCAGGAUGGCUUUGGAGCGGCCUUUCAGCUCCCUUCCCUCCCUGCCGGAUUCUCGUUUCUCUAACCCUCGGGUGCACUAUCCUCCUACAGGAGCUGCAUUCACAUACACGCCAACCCAUAAUCCAGUCUCUAAUGGUGCAAUCAGCAUCACUAUGGCGACAGCCAUGGCAACCACCCAGACAGGACGGUACCAUACAUAUUUGCCUCCACCGUAUCCUGCAAACACCCCUCACCAAGCUCAGAAUGGGCCGUUCCAGUCUACUUCAUCUCCAUACCACCUGUACUACUCAGCCACCACCGGCUCAUACCAGUUCUCUAUGAUGGCAGGGGGAGGAGGAGGCAGUGACUCACAUUCUCCACCUCGUAUCCUCCCACCUUGUACCACUGCAUCCACAGGUUCUUCUCUUCUACACCCUUCUUUGCCUAAUCAGAAUGAGGGAGUGGGUGUGGAGGUGGAAUCCAGCCACAGUAGCUCACCAACAAACAUGGUUGCUGCUGAAGCUGUAUGGAGACCAUAUUGAGUCACCUGAGACAGUGACAACAGAUUUUUCUACUCUUAUCUCACCAAUGCUGCUAAGAGUAGACUCACCUGAAAUGAGUAUAUUUUAUAUAAUGACAACUCAAGGACUAUGUGAGUCUUAUCUUUACAACAUUUAAGUUGUUUGACAGUGGCGGUUCUAGAUUAGAUUUACCGGCAGGGGGUGGAGCAGUUCUUUUUCAUUGAGGCACAGUACAAAACAAAAAAAAAAACAGGGCAAUAUUUCAUAAGUUAAGUAAGUCACAGAGCCAUUUGGUUGUCCGGAGUUGCAGAUUGAAGACUCUUCAUCUGGCAGAUGAAAACUGUUAUUCUAUCUCAAUGUGGCUGAAACUAAAAGAGCAACACUUUAAAGCCACAGUAUGAAACCUUUAUAAAAAAUAUAUUUUUCACAUAUUUGUUGAAGUUGUCACCAUGUUGUGGUAUGAGGCAGAGCUAAACUAGAACAACCAGUCAGAGCCCGGAGGUGAGGGUUAGCGCUGUCAUUCACUGUGUCCUGUGGUGCUGCCAGCUUUUACCAGCAGAUUCUGUUGUGAGUACUCAGGCUACUUAGCACAGCUACUGAUGGCAGUGGGUAAAAUGGUUUUUCUGUAACAGUAACUUAUUUCUCUGCCAUUAGCACGUUUAGUGGCGAUUACAUGAGGAUUAGUGAUGGCACAGAGACCGCCCUCCUGGCUCUGAUUGGUUGUUUUUGGUCGGGGGCAGCUCAGGGAGGAAGGUCCAUCUUUAGGCAGAUUAUAUGUCUUGUACUGUUAAGAUAUGGUGACAGUUUUAACAAUUAUGUAAAAAACAUGUUAUUUAUAAACAUUACAUACUACAACUUUAAUUAAUUCAUUGUAAAAAUAAAACUGAAGGAAACCAACAUAAUUGGCCCAACAUAGCAAUAGCUGCCUUUCUGUUAACCGUACAAUUGCGCAAAUUAUACGGUUAAUGGACAAUUUGAGCAAUUAUCUGUUAAGCAAAUUUGCAAAAUUCACACAACAAAAUUUUAUAAAUUCCACUUCAUCUCAUGAAAUCUCAAGCUGGUAAAAAAACCUCACGUUUUUUGAUAAAAAGCAUUUGCGCUAGGAUGAGAUGGUUUUUCGGCCUUAUUGAAAGACUUUUUUCACAUCACAAGAGUAAUGGGCAGGAUGUUACUACUGGCGAAAACCAGAAGAAGACAGAAAAUACUAGAAGGAUGAUGGUUUGUUUUUUGGGGGGAGGGGAACUGGACAAUGUUCAGCUGGCUCCACAAAAACUCUCACAGCAUCUCACAUUUUAUAAAAGUUGUAUGGCAUUAGAGCGUGUUGAAUCUUUGCUGUAAAAUGACUAACUACAAUUUCCCCAAAAUGCCACCUACAUAGUCUCAUAUCAUCAUAAAUUGAUUUUGUAUUAUCACUUUAUUACAGAGGUCAUAACAGGGUUCAGGACCAGUUCUGAAGGGGCACUGGGCCUUGUUUGUCCCUGUUGUUUGACAGACUGAAAAAAGCCAAAGUCUUCACCCUGUCAAACUGGAAUUGGAUAAGCUAUUCAAUCUUUAUGGCCUCCUGAUUUUUGCAUCACAUACACAAAAUAACUUUAUCUCAUAUCUCCAAACAUUACCAGUAAUGUAUUGUUUUCUUAAAAAAGCCUUGACCUGUUGAGUAAACUGUUCACUUUCUGUAAGGUUUACAAAAUGUUACUGAACCACACAUAUGUAGAUUUUGGUGUCAUUUCUAGUGAAUGUAUUUCCAAUUGGUUUCACACUAGGACUGUGUGAAUGUGGAUCACCAACAGUACAGCAUGUGUUUUUAUACCAGUGAAGAAACGUGUCAGUUUGUGCAACUUACUCACUUAAUGACUUGUUUUACAUUUUUGCUCAGAAAGGAGUUUCACUUUACAAAUGUAUGGGAUUCAGUGUCUCACAUCUGGACACAUAGAGUAAGAGGUGAAAAGUCAAAGUUAAGAGGCAUUGGUUCUAUACAUUGGAUGCCAAUUAAAGAGUUGGAAAGUAUGCAGACAUUUAUUCUAUGUUAGCUAACUUGAAUUUAACACUUUAAUGGUAUCAUAUUUCUGCCUAAAUGCAAUAGAGUAGCAAAGUGGAGUCCUUCCAAAAACAAAACAAGGGCUACACCAAUUAACUGAGUAUUAAUCUUAUUUUCAAAGGCCAUAUUUUAGUGCAUCAGAUGCACAUUGUAUUUUCCAGGCUGAAUGACACUCAUUACACAAAGAAUCAAUCAUAUUUAUUCUCCUUUUGAUUGCCACUGCAGAUUAUAUUCCCCCAUUUCAUACUAAGCCAAGCAUCUUCUUCUGUCACAUUGACUUUGCAUGCCCUCUUUCACUUUACCCAUCAAUCUUCUCUGCAGCCUCUUCUUCAUCACCAGCAGCUCCAUGUUUAACAUCUGUUGUCCAAGAAAUGCACCAAGCCCUCUGCACAUGUCCAGACUCCAUCAGUCUUGCCCCCAGCUGGCUGUCCUUUGGAUUUUCUCUUCUGACCAUUUUGUUUGCUCUUAAUGGAACUCUUAAAAUUAUCGUGUCUUCAUCUACAAAUCGUUGUCCUAUGUUUUUAUUGGGUCCUUCAUCUCCCAACAUCACAGCAGUGGAUUCAUUAUGCAGUCAUUCCCAAAAGAUUUGAUCCUUAUGCACAUUUUAUAAACUUCACUGCUUGACUCUUGUUAAAGCUUAUUGUCAGGUGUCUGGUGUUCUGAAGUUUUAUAAUAAACAUUUCAUAAACCAUAAGCUGUUAAUGACAAGUGAAUCAAGUUUAUGCAAACUGUUGAUGUUUCCUUUUGUUAUGACCACAUCGUCCCAGUGUCCUGACUGUCUGUGCUAACUUGUUAAAUUUUCCUACUAUCACAGCUAUGUCUGUCGGUGCUACCCUUUGAAAACCGCUAGUCAUAUUUAUAUACAAAUGAAGCAGUCAGAUUGUGUCCACCAAAGGUCAAAGGUCACUGUGCACCUGAAAUGAUAAGGUAUCUUAAUAUACCAUAGAAAUACACAGCUUCAAUCCCACAUAAUAUCGCUACCAACCUGCUCUAUUUAGCACAGUUUAAUUAAAAAAGUGUUAUUAAACUAAAAUAUUUUAAAGUAUAGGGACAACAUAGCCCACAAAACAACGUACUUUGUCCUGAUUCACAUGGUUGACGCCAAGCAAUGACUUUCUUGUUUACAGUAUUCAGUACAGUAAAGACAUUGCAGACAGCAAACUAGUCAUUUACAAAUAUGUUUACAAGCUGCCUUAAAAUAUGCAUAAUACAACAGCUUACUAAAGCCAGGUACAAAAUAAAUUAGAUAAAACUUACGUUAAUCUUCAAUGAAAUAAAACAGACGAAAGAAAACCUCCUCCGAUAGGAAUAAAUCUGAGUAAGCAGUAUGUGACAUCGACGUGCGAACGCACGUUGCCACGAGGUAGGACGGAUGGAUGGGUAGCACAGAUAGUCAGAACACCUGUUUGUUAAAAAAAUUAACUUGCCUAAACACAAUGGCAUUAUUGUAUACAGUCAAUAAAAUCUUUUUUUUCAUCCAUUCUUAUAGCUUCAGUUCCCAUAUUACCACAGUAAUA